CUCCCCGUCGUCUCCCUACAUUUUUUUUUUCCCCGUCAGCCAUGCCCAGAGGACGAAUUCCUUUUCAAUUCUCCAUACCCUCGCCGGCACGAUACGGUCUCAGGAAAGCUUCUAUUCCCGCCUCGAUCCUCGCCAUGGCUGUCGCCUCAUACACCUCGUCCGUCACCAAGGUCGCCGAUUUCGGCCCCGUCCCGGAUGAUGCCUCGACCAAACCGCAUCACAUCACCAAGAACGGCUCCGUCGUGGGCUUCCAGAAUCCCUAUCCGUCGUACCAACAGGUGACGCCGUCCAUUAUGUUCAAUCGCAUUGUGUGGCCAAUGGUAAUGGGCAAGCUCAAGUGGCCCGACACAAUGCCUCCAACCGUCGACGUGCUUAAACCCGAAUUUCUUCCCUCACGCAACGCCUCCGACAAGCUACGGGCGACCUGGCUAGGUCAUGCCUGCUUCUACGUCGAGUUCCCUUCCGGCCUGCGCGUCCUCUUCGACCCCGUCUUCGAAGACCGCUGCUCACCCUUCAGCUUCCUCGGACCUAAACGCUACACGCAGCGUCCCUGCGACUUCGCCGCGCUCCCCCACGUGGACGCCGUCGUCAUCAGCCACAGCCACUAUGACCACCUCUCUUACCCUUCCGUCCUCGAAAUCCAGAAGCACCACCCCAACGCGCAUUUCUUCGUCGGUCUCGGGCUAGAAAGCUGGUUCAAGAAAGGCGGCCUACACAACGUCACCGAGCUCGACUGGUGGGACGACACCCAGCUGUCUCUGACCCUCGACAAGAACAUCGACAGCGCCAACGCCAGGAACCCGGAGUCCAUUACCGCCACAAUCUCCUGUCUCCCCUGCCAGCACACCUCCGGCCGCACCCUGUUUGACAGGGACUCGACCCUCUGGUGCUCCUGGGCCGUCACCUCCGGAGGGAAAUCCGUCUGGUUCGGCGGCGACACCGGCUACCGCGCCGUGGUCCACGAGGGGAUGGACCCGGACUCGCCCGAGUUCCGCGCUCUCCCGACCUGCCCCCAGUUCACGCAGAUCGGCGAACUCCGCGGGCCCUUUGACCUCGGGCUCAUUCCCAUCGGCGCCUACUACCCGCGCACCGCCAUGUCCGGCAUGCACGCCGAUCCCUACGACUCGGUCGACAUCUUUAGCGACACGCGCUGCAGCCACGCCUUGGGCAUGCACUGGGGUACCUGGGUGCUGACCAUGGAAGAGGUGCUGGAACCGCCCAGGCUGCUGCAGGACGCCAUGAAGCGGAAGGGUUUGCCGGCGACCGGCAUCUUUGACGUUUGUAAAAUUGGCGAGAGUAAGGAGUAUUAG